AUGGCCUCAUUUAUCACCACCAUGUCCGUGCCCACCGUUGCUUCCUCUGCUACCCCGCCAUCACAUCCACCGUCAUCCUCCUCUUCAUCCUACCCAUCCUCCACACAAAUUCCCCAGUUGCUCACCCCUGACACCUUCUAUGACACUGUCCGCACCUCUCAUGUCCCUCUCUCUGAACCUCCCUCCUAUCUGUCGCCGGCCGUUCGCGCCCUGAAGCACGGUAGCGUUGGACUAACAUAUCCCAGCAAUGCGCGCACGCGAGCCCCCUUCAAACCGCGAUCGGCGGCCAAAGGCACCAGCAGUUACCAGUUGAGACAAUUUGCAGAGGCAACGCUUGGAAGCGGUAGUCUCCGGAAGGCCGUGAUUCUGCCCGAGGGCGAAGACCUGAAUGAAUGGCUUGCGGUUAAUGUUGUCGAUUUCUACAACCAGAUUAACCUUCUCUACGGGUCAAUUACAGAGUUCUGCUCGCCGCAGUCAUGUCCGGAGAUGAAAGCGACAGAUGAAUUUGAAUACCUCUGGCAGGAUUCGGAGAACUUUAAGCGGCCCACGAAGAUGUCGGCCCCGGAAUACAUCGAGCACCUGAUGAGCUGGGUCCAGAGUAAUAUCGACAACGAGCAGAUGUUCCCCAGCAGGCUCGGCGUCCCCUUCCCCAGAGCGUUCACCAGCCUAGUGCGACAGAUUUUCAAACGGUUGUACCGAGUGUACGCGCACAUCUACUGCCACCACUACCCGGUCGUGGUGCAUCUGGGACUGGAGCCCCAUCUCAAUACGAGUUUCAAACACUACGUGUUAUUCAUCGACGAGCAUCGGUUGGCGAGCGGGAAGGAUUUCUGGGGACCGUUGGGGGAUCUGGUGGAGAGCAUGUUGCGCAGCGAUUAG